ACAGGUAUGAAGCGUUGGCCCAACUUUUUCCUUCUUUCUCCUUUCGCUACGAAUUUCCCAGAAAAAUGAGCUGAAUAUUUGCUUCUUCUUCUUUCUUCGGAUGAUGAAGAGAAAUAGAGUAGGCGGGAAAUCGAAUGGAGCAUGUGCCGGGAUCGUUCGGCACCAGCGCCAGUUUCGCUCUCCGUUUCGGCCAAAUCAUCUUCUCUACCGCUUCGCUUAUCUUCAUGUGCUUAGAUUACGAUUUCUAUGACUUCACUACCUUCUGCUAUUUGACGACUGUGAUGGCUUUUGUAACUCCAUGGAGCGUCUCACUCGCACUGACCGACACAUACUCUGUCCUAAUGAAACAACUUCCUCAUGAAGCAAGAGUUAUAUCCAUGGUUGUUGCCGGCGAUUUGGUACUGUCGUUUCUUUCUUUGGGUGGGGCUUGUGCUGUAGCCAGUGCAACCGAGCUGCUUUUGUCUCUCGGUUCAGGAAUCUGCGGCGAUAACCUCUGUAGCCAAUACCAAAUCUCGGCUACGUUGGCCUUCUUGUGUUGGUUUCUAUUACUUGCUUCAGGACUCUUCAAUCUUUGGAGUUUACCUUCUUUAUUUUAGUGACCAAUGUUUAUUUAUAGUUAUACAGUAGAUGAUAGAUAGAAAUCAUAAUCAUAAUGUACAUUUUAUAUACUACUCUUGAACAUGUCACUGUUAAUGUAGUUAUGUGAAAUAAGUUUCCCCAUUUUUAUAUCACACACACUUGAAAACAA